UUCAAGAUUUUAACAAGUCUAGAUAAAAUCAAUCAAAACAGAUGACAGGUUAACACAGAAAUAAAACUUGUAGGCUAAUUGUAUAGGAUAAUCAUAUAUUUAUAUAUUUAUAGGAAGACACAGCAAAUUCAGCCUGGGAAUUUAUGACUUGCCCAGUGUAGCAUUAAGGAAAUGAUAUCAAAGGUAGGGUUAUUUGGAAGUGGUUAAAUAAUUAUCUAACUGUUUAAAAAAGUUACUAAAUAGCUACAAAAAAGGUACAGAUGUUUUUUUUAAAUUCACCAUUUGCAUCUGGGACACGAGUUUAAAUGGAGUUUGUACCAUAGACUGGUUUGUACUGACCUUAUUAGAAGUUUAUGGGAAAGUGAUGUAAAAUAAAAAGUAUAUUGGGCAAUGGUGCUCGGCCAUUGACGUGUUUGCGUUUUAUGCUCAUAAUACGCAUGCGUACUAAGUGCACGCGGUGACAUCUGUCGUCACGGCAACGGUUUGUUGAUAAGUGAGGUUAAGUGGUCUGAGUAGAUACAAUAGAUGACACAAUGAAACUCAAGCGGUUCUAUCUCAGAUAUUAUCCACCAGGUAUAAUCUUGGAGUAUGAGAAGAGGGGAUAUGUGCGGUCGAAAUCUAUCGACCUUUUUGAUUUGACUCCAGAAACAAAUCCAGAUGAGUUGGUGGAGGAAAUCAGGCAGUCAGAGCCUCUUGUUACAGAGUCCCGGGCUGAUCAGGUCAAACAGCUGAUCCUUCGACUGCAGCAGAAACAAGGCCAGAAGAACCACAGGUUCUGUUUCUUCAAGGAGCUUAAGGCACACGUCCUUCCACUGACGAAUGUUGCCUUUGAUAAAUCGGGCUCCAGGUUUAUAACUGGGAGCUAUGACAGGACGUGUCGAGUUUGGGACACAGCCUCAGGCACAGAGCUGCACACACUAGAGGGUCAUAAAAAUGUGGUGUAUGCCAUUGCAUUCAACAACCCCUAUGGGGACAAGAUUGCUACCGGUUCUUUUGACAAGACGUGCAAACUGUGGUGCGCUGAGACAGGCAUAUGUUUCCAUACCUUCCGCGGACACAUGGCUGAAAUAGUGUGCCUGGCGUUCAGCCCCCAGAGUACCCUGGUGGCCACAGGCAGCAUGGAUUGUACUGCCAAGCUGUGGGAUGUCGAGACUGGAGAGGAGGUGGCCGCUCUAUGUGGUCACACUGCAGAGGUCAUCUCUCUCUGUUUUAACACAGUUGGAAAUCAAAUUGUCACUGGCUCCUUUGACCAUACUGUGUCUAUAUGGGAUGUUGCUUCCGGAAGACGUGUCCACACUCUGAUUGGUCACAGGGGGGAAAUCAGCAAUGUUCAAUUCAACUGGGAUUGCACCCUCAUAGUCACAGGCUCCAUGGACAAAACCUGCAAGUUGUGGGAGGCAGUCAGUGGGAAGUGUGUCACCACUCUCGUUGAACACAAAGAAGAAGUGCUAGAUGUGUGUUUUGAUUUAAGUGGCCAGCUCAUUGCUACUGCCUCUGCCGAUGGUACAGCGCGAGUGUUCAGUGCAGCCACACAUCAGUGUCUCGUCAGCCUAGUGGGCCAUGACGGAGAGAUAUCCAAGAUCUGUUUCAGCCCACAGGGCAGCAGGGUCCUGACUGCCAGCUCAGACAAGACAGCUCGUCUGUGGGAUGUUCAGUCUGGGAGCUGCCUACAAGUCCUUGACGGCCACACCGAUGAGAUCUUCUCCUGUGUCUUCAACUAUGAGGGUGAUACUAUCAUUACAGGAAGUAAGGAUAACACAUGCCAGAUCUGGUACUGAUCUUUCCCUCGACCACUUAAAGGGAACCUGCCUCUAAAUGCCUUGACGCAGAGAGCAAUUUGUGUUUCUGCGUGUGUGACCUGCUGUAUAUCUGCUCGACUUGUGGAUGACUGAUUGAAAAACCCUCCGCCUCAUUGAGCUGCAAGUCUGGUAAACGUCAUCUGUAAAAGGUUAGAGGGUUCCCUGUUCCCUAUCCUUGUGAAUAAAUUACAUUUUACAGUAUGUCUCUCUCAUGUAUCUCAUGUGCCUGGAUCUGUAUGGAGCUGCACUAGUUCCAUGGAUUACCAACUUUCUACUGGGUAAUACCUGUAAACCUAGCUUUUAAAAAAUAUAGAUUAUUAGCAUGAUAACUUGUGUGUGUGAUCUUAAGUACAGGUCAGUUCUCUUAUUUCUUUGUGGCAAAGCUUGGAGCUUUAACCAGAAGGCAAUUGGUUUAGCUUUGCAUGAAGACUGAAAGCAGUCGGACAAAGCAAACCUACCGUCGUUGAGCUCAUAGUUCAGCACCUCUAAAAUCCUCCAUCCACAUUAUCACAGGACGUAACGACACGUAAGAUCUGAACUUUUCUCCUGUUUGCAUGGAAAUGUCUUGGAUUGGAUUUUUUAAGCUAAGUCGGACCAUUACAGCUAAUUCUCCCUGACUCUAGUUUCAUGCAUGAAUAAACAAAGUAUCUUUCGAAUCCUAUUUAGAAGUUUUCAAACUUCUCAUUGAACACCUUGCUCUACAGAAAGUCUAGUUCUCUAAAGCUCUGUAAAGUAAGGCCUGAAUAUAUACUUGCUAAAAGGUUCUUAAUUCAGCACUGAAUUUAAUCUAGCAUGUUUGACCUAGCCUUUGCUAGACUGUUAACUGUAAAUAUCUGGAUGUUGUUUCUGUUAGCACAACAUGCUGCAGCAUAAUCCCAUGUUUUAUAUUAAUUUCUUCACAAUCUGUAGACAUACACCGACUGUAUGAUCUAUUUUUCUGCUUUAAACAUAACCUGAUUUUUGGUUUCCUCCUUUUUCUGAUAUUUUCUUGUGAAGCAACACAACCGUGAUUAUUACUACCACCACAAAGCUAAAGAUGAUUCAGUAACAUAAUGGCAUGCAUUAAUUGUGAUAAAUGUCAUAUUAUACAGACCAAAUGCUUGUCAUUCUUUCUGGGAAGAAAGUAUGUGAUACAGUUGAAUACAGAUGUGUACACAUGUGCUGCUAAGCAGUGUUGCCUUUCUGCUGUGUGUUAUGAAUGAUGACUGCUUGUAUUUCACAUCACAGAAAUUUAUUGAUGUCAAAAGAUAAAUACAUUCAGUUCUACUGUGACAGUUUUA